GGUAAACAAGGAAAAGACAGCCAAUGGGAAGAUUGUGCACGAGGACAGCACGAGCCACCUCGCAGGCCCUCGCGUGGCCCGAACUGCCGGAGCCCUAUAUAGGGCUGUUUCCGCCUGGCCGUUGAGUCAAUCCCUAGAGCGCUGCAGUCGGGCUCAGGCUUUCUGAUCCUCUGAGAUUUUUGGGGAGGGGAUUUCCUCAAACCUCCUUUUCGACUGAGACAAAAAAAAAAAGACUUCUUUUUCUUUUCAAGUCACUUUGCUUUAGUGAGGAGUCUUAUAUUUUCUAGCUUUUCUACUUUUUAGAAGUUUGUAAAGGCUGUUUUAAGAGGCUGUUCAAUUUCUUAGAAGAAAAUUGUCAAGCCUGUCAGCCAAUCAUCCCACGCAGACCAGGGAGAGAGAAAUACUCUCCACUUAACCAGAAAGGUUCAGUCCUUUUGGCUCUCAAAAGAGAGAGAUUUAUUCGUUGUCUCCCCCGUUCUCUGAGUGAAGCAAGCCCCAGCCAUGGUGAUGUUCAAGAAAGUCAAGGCUUUCGAGGUGGUCUUCAGCGACCCCGACAAGGUGUACGGCAGUGGGGAGAAGGUGGCCGGCCGGGUGGUGGUCGAGGUGUGCGAGGUGACCCGGGUCAAGGCCGUGAGGAUCCUGGCUUGCGGAGUGGCCAAAGUCCUUUGGCUGCAAGGCUCCCAGCAGUGCAAGCAAGCGAUGGAGUACCUGCGCUACGAGGACACGCUCCUGCUAGAGGACCAGCCUGCAGCUAACGAUGAGUCUGUGAUCCUGAGACCUGGAAACAAGUAUGAGUACAAGUUCGGCUUUGAACUUCCUCAAGGGCCUCUGGGAACCUCAUUCAAGGGGAAGUAUGGCUGUGUAGACUACUGGGUAAAGGCUUUCCUAGACCGCCCCAGCCAGCCAACUCAAGAAACCAAGAAGCACUUUGAAGUGAUGGAUCCAGUAGAUGUCAAUACCCCUGAGUUGAUGGCACCUGUGUCUGCCAAGAAGGAGCAAAAAGUUUCUUGCCUGUUUAUUCCUGAUGGGAGGGUAUCUGUCUCUGCUCGGAUUGACCGAAAAGGAUUUUGUGAAGGUGAUGAAAUCUCCAUCAAUGCUGACUUUGAGAAUACGUGUUCACGCAUCGUUAUGCCCAAGGCUGCUAUUGUUGCCCGACACACUUACCUUGCCAAUGGCCAGACCAAGGUGUUGACUCAAAAGCUGUCUUCCGUUCGAGGCAACCAUAUCAUUUCUGGCACCUGCGAAUCCUGGCGUGGCAAAAGCCUUCGUGUACAGAAGAUUAAACCUUCCAUCCUUGGCUGCAACAUCCUUCGUGUUGAAUACUCUUUAUUGAUCUAUGUCAGUGUCCCUGGAUCUAAGAAAGUCAUCCUUGACCUGCCCUUAGUCAUCGGCAGCAAAUCAGGACUCAGUAGCCGGACAUCCAGCAUGGCUAGCCGAACCAGCUCUGAAAUGAGUUGGGUGGAUCUAAACAUCCCUGAUACCCCAGAAGCACCUCCUUGCUACAUGGAUAUUAUUCCUGAAGAUCACAGACUGGAGAGCCCUACCACUCCUCUCCUUGAUGACAGCUCCCUGGACAGCCCCAUCUUUAUGUACGCAUCUGAGUUCAAGUUUAUGCCUCCGCCCACCUACACAGAGGUGGAUCCCUGUAUUGUCAACAACAAUGUGCAGUGAAUAUACCAAAGAAGAGAAGCAGCUGUUUAUCUACCUGUUUCUGUCUCUCCUGGACUGAUUUUUCAGAGGCAUGACAGUCUCCACCCACCAUUGAGGAUGGGUUCACCUUAACCUCUGUCUCCCUCACAUUAGGAGGUCAGCAGGCAGUCAUCUCCUAAAAUGGAUGCCAAAGUGCGUCCACUCUCUCAGCCAGUCUUGCUGUUGUGUCAUAGAAGGUGUUUGCUGGUUUGUGAGAGGUUUGGACUCUGUUGUGACCUGUUUCCUCAGAAUUCCCCUGAACUAGGAGGGGUUUUCAGUAGUUUGGGCAGGAUUGGGAUGGCCUCUCGAUUGUUCUUCCCAGAAUCUCUGGGGAGGAUGGGGUAUUGAUCACAGUCACAAAAAGUUGGCUUCUGGGAACCUGCUUUUGCCCCAUGCCAGGCAAAGGUGAUGAUUUAAUGAUCUGGGAAAGGUUUUACAGAAGUAAUGGCCAAAAUUUUGGUGGGAAGAAGAGGCUUCCUGAAAUCAGUGUAGCCCUUCCCACAUAUCCACUGUAUGUAUGUGUUUAAAGGUGCUCCCAGUUCUUGUAGAAAUUUUUCCUGAUGAGAAAGGGAAGUGAUCAACUGUACUUCUCAGAUGAUAUCUUAUCCUUGUUUCAAAGCAAAGGCUAACAGACCCCUGAGGGAGGCUGGUGAAAGCCUGUGGCUAAGCACUUUGUUCUUCCUCUUAUGAGGUUUUCUUAAGAGUUUGGGUUCAGUGUUGGUAGGAGGAGAAAGGCACAAAAUAUCUUCAAAACUCCCUUGGAGUUCAUUCUGAAGUAUUGUUCUUAGCACUUUUAUUCUCUUUUCCAUUGGGGAUUUUCCUCCUAGUCCCCCUAAGCAUUCAGUUAAAAUGGUCUGCUGGGAUGGGUAAGGGAAAGUUGAUGGUUGUGAUUAAAUGGUUAUUCUUGUCAUUACCAGUAGCUUACUGAGGGCAGACUGAAUAAUACUGACAACAGUAGUUAUUAGGGAGGGUCCUUCCAGUCCCAGCCUAGCAAAUUGAAAAAGAGGCUACCAAAACACUCCAAAGCUGGAAUCAUACUGCCAAAUAACCUCUUAGGAAGCAAAUCAGAAUUGGGCAGCUUUCCCACCCUGAACAUACUCCUAGUGUUAGGAGAGGAGUUUUGAACAAUUCCUUUUUCCCCUUGGCCCUCAGCACUUAAUCAACCUAAGCAAUCAGCACUUUCUCUACUGUCUAAUGUCAAAGCACUGAGCCCCACUCUUAUCUGUGAACUGUACAACUUAAAAAAUGGACUGAAAGUGAUUUUGGUUUGUUUUUUUAAAAAUGUUUAUCUUUUUGUAUGUUAAAAGUUAUAUUUUGUACUUUUUAUCAGAAAUAUUUUCAACUCCUUGGAGAUCUUUUUUUUUUAAAUAAAAAUUUUUAAACAUGAAA